AUGGAGGGGGGCUUUAGGCUUGUAGCUGUAAAAGCUAACAAAGAUCGGUACAAGUGGUCAUGUGUUAUAAAGCCGAUCUCAGCUGUUUCCUCUUUUCAGGUGGAGGACGAUGUGUCUGCAGACAGGAGAAAGACUUUACCUCCUGUUAUAAAGCCUUCGUCAGCUCCUCCUCCUCCUCCUCACAGAGCUGCAGAGGAAGAGGAUGCAGAAGAAGAAGAGUCUCACUUCUCUGAAGGCCAGCUGGUCCCGGCCGACUCUCAGUCUCAUUCUGACGACUCUGAGAUCUCUGAGGACAUCGUGGAAGAGGUGGACGAGGCCUCGGCAGCCGGAGGAGGUCAGAGCGUCUCCUCUCCGUCCGACAGCGAUGACUGCAUAGUUCACGGACGGCCGGCGGGGAGGAAGCCCUCGCAGAGGCUCCGGGUGGAGGUUGUGUCUCUGAGCUUGAGGCCGGAGUCUCGGGUGUCCCGGGACGUUAGUGUGGUGCGUCUGUUUGUGGAGUACUCUCUGCUGGAUCUACCCACGGAGGAAACCCCCCUGUCUCUGCCCAAACCCCCCCAGGGCAAGACCAUCAACUACAACUACAUCAAAGUCAUUCCUGUGGACCCGGAGAACAACGGGGCGAGGAGGCGGCUGCUGAGACGAGUCCUGCAGGGACGAAACCCUCAGAUGGAGAGAAUCCGGUUCAUGGUGGUGAGCGAGCCUCCAGAGGAAGAGGAGCAGGAGAGGGAGUGUGAGGACGUCGGGGUGGCCUUCAUCAGGAUCCCUGAGAUCCUGGAGAGACAACAAGACCUGACUGAGACCAGCCUGGAGGUGUUGGACGUGGAGGACAGCAGCCAGGUGGUCGGCAGUCUGACUGUGACUGUGGAGGGACUGGAGGCUCUGCAGGCCAUCAUGGAGGACCAGGACCUGGAGCAGGACCACGAGCGAACUCUGGUCUGCUCUCUGCUUCCAUCAGCAUGAGGCAACAACACCGACACUACUGACACUGAAGUCUAUUUCCUUCAGAUUUGUUAUGGAGAAGAUAUCUACAGACAUGUUUUAAGCCUCAGGGAACUCUGAGAACAAAUAAAAUAUCUCAACAACUAUGGGAUGGAUUAUCAUGACAUUCUGUACCAUCAUUCAUGUCCCCCAGAGGAUGAAUUGCUCAUAGAGCAGCGUGGACGUAUAUUAUAUUCAGUUCAGUGUCUAUAUUUCACAUUGAAACAGUCUUUUAAACCAGAUUCAGCCGGGUUUUUACUGUAAACGUAGACAUUUUUAAACCUUUAAAUCAACAAAUUAACUCUUAAAAUGAAGAAGCUCCGGUGAAACGGUUCAGGUUAGCAGCCACCGCGUGGACGUCUAUUUAUCUCACGUAAAAUGAUCUAUUGUUAAAUGUGAAAAUGGUUUAAAGUUUGUACACUGCAGUUAUUUAACGUGUAUUCUUCACACAGAAGGGAUCACGUUUACUGUAGCUCAGGUUUAUCCCUGAUGUUUGCUAUUGUGCUCUAAUAAAGAGGGUUUCUACACGUUUAACUUCAUGAACAUGAUUGAUUCACUCUCUCUGUAUGCUUAAGGUGAAGCUACAAGCAGCUGCUGAUUAGCUUAGCAUAAAGCCUGGGAAACAAAGACACAGGGGAACAGCUAAAUUUAAAUUUAUUAAACUAUAUUGAUCCCUUUAAGGGGGAAAUUUGUCUCUGCAUUUGACCCAUCCCUGUAUAUAGGGAGCAGUGGGCUGCCAAUGACAGGCACCUGGGGAGCCUGGGGCUCACUGUAUUGCUCAGGUACACUUCGACACAUGACACAUCCCAAUCGAGGCUCGAACUGUUGACCUUCCGGUUCCCAGACAACCCUCUUAACCCAGUGAGCCAUGGUCUCCCUAGCUUAGCAUGACGCAUAGCAUAAAGCCUGGGAACAAGGAGGAAUAGCUAGCUUAGCACAAAGACUAGAUACAAGCUUAGCAUAGAAUAAUGACUGGAAUAAACUAUGAACAGCUAGCUUAGCAUAGCGUAAAGACUGUAAACAAGAGGAACUGCUAGCUUAAUUUAGCAUAACUAGAAAAAAGGGAAAAGUCAUCAUAGCUUAGCAUGAAGACAUGAAACAUUAUCGCUAGUAUCUGAACCCUGUGUGGUCUGGUUCUGGUUCUGGUUUGGUCUGGUUCUGGUCUGGUGUGGUUCUGGUCUGUGUCCCCAUCUCUGCUGCAGUGUCCCGGUUCGUCCACAGAGAUGUUCAGCGUGAGGACGUCAGCUGCAGCUGACAGAGAAGAGGAAGAGGAGGCGAUGAAGAGGAGCACAAGCAUCAGACUCGGUGGAUGAAACGGAAUCGUCUCUCAGCAGGUAAAAUAUGAUUCUAUUUCAUCUUUAUUUAAAACAAGGAGACUCAAUGAAUCUUCUUCACGUCUUAGUUUAAAUGUUCUCUACUUGCUCUCAUAUCUCAGUGAAGUGAAUAUUUAAACAUUUAAUUCUGUUUGUUGGUGUUUGAUCAGGAAAAGAAUCAGCAAACUAAUAAUAGAGAUGUUAGUUUUUAUGUGUAUUCACACUUUAUUAUUUUAAUAAAUCAUAAACGGUGAGCUGUGUUUUCAUCACACGGAGGAUAUUUAAUAUGUUCAGUUAAUCUGCUGGAUGAACUCUGUAGACUUCAGCUGUUCAUGACGCUUUGACUGCAGAUAAAGAUCUGAGAGCACGUAAAGUUACAUAUAUUCAUAUUAAUAAUAAUAAUAAAGAUCUGAG